GAAGGGCAUGGUGGUUUGUCAACAGUAUUGAGAAGAAGGGGUUGAUUAAUACACUCAUGGUCGUGUUUACCUUUGUAAAGAUAGGUAAACUUCAUAUUUGCCAUCCUUCGUAUUUGCUCUCCGCUGCGUUAGCUCGCUAAAGUGUUGAAUAGGAAAUGUCAACAUGGCAGAGGGCGAGGAUGAUGAGCUCUAUCGUCAGCACAGACUGAUGGAUAUCAUCUGUGAACCUGAAAUGCAGCCGCACAGAAAAGAGCUCCCACAGCGACAUGUCUGUAUCAAGGAAGAGUUUCCUGCUGACCUGCUGGAGAGGAACUCCAGUCCAGACCAAGAGGAGCCAGAACCUCCACAGAUUAAGGAGCAGCAGGAGGAGCACUGCAUCGGUCUGGAAGUAGAGCAGCUCGUAGUGAAGCAGGAGGACGAUAAUUAAUUCUUGUUCAAUCCUACUUACGAGGAAAGUGACCUCAAUGAACCAGGUCCAAGUGACCACAAGCUCCUCUCCCACAACUCAGCUCAAAGCCAAGAUCUCAAAGGUGAAUGUAGUCGACCUGCAUACGGCACAGUGAUCUGCAACCGGUAUAGAGAUGGGCACCACCACUGAGUCUGGUUCUACUCCAGGUUUUUUCAAGUUAUUGAGUUUUUUCCCUCCACAGUCCCCGAAGUGCUUGCACAUUCGGGGAAUUGUUGAGUUUCUCAAUACAUUAGCGCCCAAAGCAACAUGUCUGUAAUGAGGAAGAGUUUCCUGCUGACCAGCAGCUCUUGAACCUUGAGAGCAACCACAGUCUGGACCAAGAUGAGCCAGAACCUCCCCAGAUUAAAGAGGAAGACGAGCUCUGCACCAGUCUGGAAGUAGAGCAGCUUGUACUGAAGCAGGAGGAUGAUGACUUCUUGUUCAAUACUUCUUUCAAGGAAAGUGACCAAGAUCUCAAAGAGCUCACAGUGCAACACUUGCUUAAUGAGGAUGAGUUUCCUGCUGACCAGCAGCUCUUGAACCUUGAGAGGAACCCCAGUCUGGACCAAGAGGAGCCAGAACCUCCACAGAUUAAAGAGGAGGAGAUCUGCACCAGUCUGGAAGUAGAACAGUUUGUACUGGACCAGGAUGAUGAUGAUGACUUCUUGUUGAAUCCUACUUUCAAGGAAAGUGACCACAGUGAACCAGAACCAAGUGACCACCAGCUUCUCUCCCACAGCUCAGCUCCGAGUCAAGAUCUCAAUGGAGGCAAGAAUGGAAACUCAACAUCAGUUAGAAAUGCAAAGCCAGCAUCAAAGAAGAGACAUCAUGUCAUUAAAGAAAAGGCAAAAAGUCACAGUAACUAUGCAUUUAAAUCUACCAUGUCAAAGAUUAUCCCAAAUACCUGCAAUGGUAAAAACAUUUUCCAGUGUGACACUUGUGGAAAAGUCUAUAAUUGGAAGUCACGAUUAAAUAUACAUCUGAGAGUUCACACAGGGGAGAAACCAUAUUUUUGCAAGGCAAGUGGGAAGGGUUAUACAUGUAAUAAUAGCUUACGGGUCCAUAUGAGAAUGCACACAGGUGAGAAGCCGUUUUCUUGCGAAACCUGCGGGAAAAGUUUCGCAUUCAGCAAUAGCUUGCUUGUCCACAUAAGAACACACACAGGUGAGAAACCUUUUUCUUGCACUACAUGUGGAAAAAGCUUCAUGUCAAUGGGUGGUUUGCAGGUCCAUACAAGACACCACACAGGUGAGAAGCCGUAUCCUUGUACAACCUGCGGGAAAAGAUUUGGUGACAAAUCAGUACUAAAUAAGCACCUGCAUAUCCACACAGGCCAGAAAGAAUAUUCUUGUAAAGUAUGUGGGAAAGAUUUCAGAUUUGCUGGUGACUAUAAAGUCCACAUGAGAACACAUUCGGGUGAGAAGCCAUACCUUUGCAACACCUGUGGGAAAAGAUUUGCUCAUGCGUCAAACUUAAAACAGCAUGUAAAUAUCCACUCUGAUGAAAAGAGACAUAUCUGCGGAACAUGUGGGGAAAUGUUCCUGUCUCUCAGUGACUUGCUGGACCACAGAAGAACACAUCUGGCGGAGAAGCCAUACCACUGCAACACAUGUGGGAAAAGAUUUGGUCGCUUAUCGACCUUAAAACGCCAUACCAAUAUUCAUACUGAUGAAAAGCCACAUAUCUGCAGAACAUGUGGAAAAUCUUUCAGACUUUGGCAAAAGUUGGCUUUCCACAUUCGACACAUCCACCCUGAAAAGCAGCCUAUCCCUGUAGCAUCCGCUGGAGAAUGUAUUUUGAUGGUUCCCAAUUUAAAAGCUGUUUGAUGUCACAUGUACAUAAGUAGCCUUCUAUUUGAAGAAGAUAUGAGUGAUGGAUUUGUUGCAGUGGCUAAUGGCUAAAACAUACAAGAAUGUGGAAAAGGUUUUUUUUCAAAUGCAUGCAGAACCAGGAAUAUUUAUUAUCACUGAAUGUUGAGAGAUGUUGUCAAUGUGUCAGGAAAGACUGUGGAUCAAGAUGUAAAAAAUCUGACAUAUUUGUGGUGCAGAGAUUUAUAAGAACACAGUAUGUGGUGCAGAAUAUCAGAAGACUUCCCCUUUUCUUAUCUUUUUCUAUUACAAGAGAAGAAAAUAUGUUGUUAAUGUGUAAACAGUCCUAUAUAACUCUCACUUUAAAUGGUUAUUCUUUGUACUAAGUGUAUUCAUUACU